GGUCCCAUAAUCUUGCUAGUUAUCCCACUAGUCACUGCUGUUUCAAAGUUCGGUGAUUUCAAACUGAUACAUUAUUUUGUGACGUCGAAACAUCGAUUACAGUGGUUUCUAAUUUUUUUAUUCUUUCAUUACUUCAUACAUCGUGCGUGUGUGAAAGUUGGAGAGGAAAUUUUAAUUACGUGUACAUUGCAUUUAAACUUCCGUGGGGAUAUACUAUUUUCAGAUCAAUUCUAUACCGGAACCGGAAAUCAACUAUUGACGAAUCAACUAUGAGCCAUUUGUGGUUGAAUCUCCAACAUAUGCUCAAGCAUCAGUUAUAUACCCGUCGAUCAACGAGUAUUCGACUAAUUGUAGCCUAUUUACCUGAAUAUAUUUUACGUAAUAUGAGCAGACCUGAAAAUGAGCCCGCGGCUGUACUGGUAAAUUAAACAUUUGGCACGAUGAUCGAUUUGCAACUCGGAAUUAUUUUGGCUAUUAUAUUCAGCACGCUAUCAACUUUCGAAGCCCAUUUCCUCAAGAAACGCGACCUUUCACCUCCGACCAUUGAUCCUCGCGAAUUGAUUCCUCGAUUAUCGCCCGUGCAGAGUCAGGAAAAGUUUUGGUUUUCUGACGACCAUAUAGAUUAUCUGCAAGAUCAGGUUAAAGAUUCCUUUGAAUAUCAGCGUUCUCGACUAUUAUCGAGUUUGAUUUCCAGUGUUUCUGAAGCAUUUGAUAGCGAAGAAAAAAGUAAUCCAACGCCGGAAUAUUCUCAAAUACAGACUAAUAAAAAAAGCCAAAACGCACCCCACAUCGUAGUUGAGGAACAAAAAGCGGUACGCGAAGAUCUGCUAGGGGAGGAUAAAUUAGAACAAGAAUCAAAUCAGCGUGACAAACCAUUCGAAGAAGAUCGAGCAGAAGCUCAUAUAAAUAAUGAAAAAUCGGACGUUCAUUUAUUCGGUCUUCCAGAACAAGAAGAUGUAUCAACAGAUUCCAAAUCGCCAGAUGUACGAGAAACACUGAAGCCAAUUUUUGGGAUCAGAGUGACUGAUAAUGAUUAUUCAUCUUUGAAAAAUCAGGCGGAGCCUCCCGCAGGCACUACGUUCCAUUUUUCAUAUAAUCAUCCCGAAGAAUGGUCCCUUGACAAUCCCGAAUGUUCCGGUAGACUGCAAUCGCCAGUAAAUCUGGACACUGACAAACUUAUUCGUCUCGACGUAUCUUCGAAACUGAUUUGGUCCGGAUACUGGAACCAACCAGAAAAUUUAACAAUCACGGACAAUGGUCAUUCCGUCCAGCUAAAUGGAAUUUGGGAUGAGAAGACGGUUCCAUUUAUAAGUGGGGGUCCUUUAGAGGGAGACUAUAUUUUUGCUCAGCUUCACUUUCAUUGGGGUCGCAAAGACUCAGUUGGUAGCGAGCAUACUAUCAACAAUAGCAGUUUUCCGAUGGAAAUGCACAUGGUUCAUUACAAGAGAGAUUAUGGAUCGCUCAACAAUGCUUUGAAAUACGAUGAUGGAUUGACAGUGAUUGCUUUUUUGUUCGAGAUCAGCGAAAAGUUGAAUUCUGGAAUCAAUUUACUCGAAGAUAGUUUGCGCAAAAUUCAGCUAAAACCGAGGGCAAGCAUUUCAGUGAAACCGUACCCGUUAGCAUUCUUCCAUUCCAUGUUUCAAGAAGAUUAUGCGUCUUAUAUUGGAUCGCUGACGACCCCUCCCUGUCGUGAAAUUGUUACUUGGCUGGUAUCAUCAAUCCCACUGACAGUAUCGCUGAAACAGUUGGAAGCGUUCAGAAAAGUAAGUGACAAAUGGCCAGACAAGGAAAAUUACAGACCUCAACAAGCUCUGAAUGGACGUCGACUUUAUUAUAUUGCGCACUAGUUGAUCAUCGAUAUCAAUACCUUUGUGUGCAUGUGGUAUGAGAAUGGGAAAGAUUGUAUAUAAUAAAAUUGAUGGCAAGUGUCAGGAGAAAUGAAGAAAAAUAUGCUAACAAGAUCAGUUAUUUUAAUUUUCUUCUUAGAGCGCGUCCAAGCUGAUUGACAACUAUAAAUUUGGAUUUUACAUUUCUUGUACCUAACUUCGUACUGAAUCUAUAUGCUAUAAAUAUUUUAUUCUAGACCUGUGAAUUUAACAUCUGUAAUGAAAAUUAAUUGAGAAUAAUCAUUGCUACUAGCAGUAAUUGGAUUUUAUGAAUCAAUCUAACGUAGACAAAAAGUGACGCAGGAACUGAUAUGUCAAUUUGUACUUUGAUACCACACCGAAUUUUAAUAAAAACUAAUAAAACAUG